GGAAACGGCGUGGUUUUGCUCGUAACGUGCUUGUCGACGCGGCUGCAGUGGCUCGUUUUGAUUAAUGCCUGUAACCCGCCGUCACCGAAAACAUGCCGGGCAGCUCGGAACUGAAGAUUAACUCGCAGUUCGCGCAGAAGUACGAGAAGUACCGACAGAAGGAGGAGUUGCAGAAGCUGAAGGACCGAUUCGGAGACCAAGCCGAUGACAGCGACUCCUCCGCGUCCAGCUCUGACGACAGUGAAGUGGACCUGGACCCUGCUCUGGACAGGGACUUUUACAGAACCCUGUCCCUGCUGAAGAAGAGAGACCCGAAAAUCUACGAGAAAGAUGCAAGGUUCUACUCUGAAGACGCGUCCCGGACUGAGGACGGUCCGUCCACGUCCACACAAGUCAAAGUGAAGCCCAUGUACCUGAAGGACUACGAGCGGAAAGUCAUCCUGGAAAAAGGAGGCAAAUAUGAAGACGAUGACGAUAGUGACGAGGAGGAAGCAGCCAGAAGAAGAGAGAGGGCAGCCUCGCCGAGCUACAUCCAGGAGCAGAAGGAGCUCAAAGAGAGCUUCCGGAAGUUUGUCGAGGACAGCGACGAGGACGAGGAGGAAGACGAGGAGGGGGAAGGCGAACCCUCCAAGCUGCUCACCAGAAGGAUCAAAACGCAGGAGGAGGAGGAUAAAGAGGAGGCGGAUUACAUGGACUGGCUCAAAGGUCAGGCUGAGCUGGACGGUCCGGAGGAGGUGAAGGACAUGAAAUACCUGCGAGACUACUGGAACGACCCGCAGCUGGACGACAGGGAGCGAUUCCUCCGGGAUUACGUGCUCAACAAGGGCUACCUGGACGAGGACGACGAGGACGAACGGAUCCCGACGUACGACGAGCUGGUCCAGGAGGACGUGGACGACUCUGAGGAGGAGGGCGAGAGCUUCCUGGAGCGCCAGGAGGACUUCGAGCGGAGCUACAACUUCCGCUUCGAAGAGCCCGGCGCCCUGCAGAUCAAGACCUACCCCCGGAACAUCGCCACGUCCGUCCGCACUAAGGACGACCGCAGGAAGCAGAAGAGGGAGGAGGUGAAGCAGAGGAAACUGAAGGAGAAGGAGCAGAAGCGGGAGCAGCUGAAGCAGCUGAAGAACCUGAAGAGGAAGGAGAUCAUGGACAAGCUGCAGCAGCUGCAGGAGCUGACCGGGAACGAGCAGCUGGCCUUCAGUCAAGCCGACCUGGACGGAGACUUCGACCCCAGGCAGCACGACCAGCUCAUGCAGAAAGUCUUUGGAGACGAGUACUACGGUCAAGAGGAAGAGGAGAAGCCUCAGUUUGACGACGAAGGAAACGAGAUGGAUGAACACUGGAAUUGGGACACCUGGACAGGAGAGGAACGUGAAGAGGGACAUGACGAAGAGGAGUACAGUGCCUCUGGACCGCACUGCGACGACGAAGACUUCAUCAUGGAUGCGGACUACGACCCAAGCCAGCACACCGCCUCCAAGAAGAAGAAGAAAAAGGAAAAGAAGAAGCUGAAGAAGGACGAUCUGCCACAGAUGGGCAAGAAGAAGAAGAAGUCUCACUUUGCCGAGGUCAUCACCAGAACCAAGCCGGUGUUCGACCCCCAGGAGAAAAGCUUCGAGCAGUACCUGGACGAGUACUACAAGCUGGACUACGAGGACAUCAUCGACGACCUUCCCUGCCGCUUCCGCUACAGGCAGGUGGUGCCCAACGACUUCGGCCUGAGCACAGACGAGAUCUUGACUGCCAACGACCAAGAGCUGAACCGCUGGUGCUCGCUGAGGAGGACGUGCAUGUUCAGGUCUGAAAGAGAGGAAAUGAGUGACCUGAAGAACUACAAAAUGAAGGGGCAGAACGUGAGAAAGAAGAAAGAAGUCCUGAGCUCUGUGUAUUCUGAGGAGGAUAAAGAAGCUCUGGAGGCGAAGAGCAAGCUGGGGAAGAAACGGCGAGAUCGUCUGAGGAACGCAGAGAAGCGGAGCGAAGAAGCAGACGAGGCAGUUAAGGCCUUGAGCGAGGCUGUGGACGGCCCAGAGGAAGGGGACGAGAUUCUGGUACCCAAGAAGAAGCAGAAGAGGAAACUAGAGGAACAGACGCAAGAUACGGCCCAGGAGGUGGCAGAUGAACAAAAUGGAGGGGAGAACAGGACUGAAAGGCCAGCGUGGACCAAGAAGCCCCGGCGGUCAGGAGGACGAAUCAAGUCAGGACUCAAGGGGGUGAAAAUAGGCGGCCGAGAGUUCAGCAGACACAGGCUGAAGGCGUACGGGCUGAACCCACGGAGACUGUACUUCAGACAGCUGGGCCGACACAAACGGAAAGAGCAGGAGAAGAAGCUGAAGAAGAACCAAGAGGGAUAGAAAGUUCCCACUGGACUUCACCGUACAAUCUGGUUUUAUACUCGGGAGUAGAAACGAAAGAUGUCAUCAGAAACAUUAAAUGAUCCUAAAGGAA